AAUUUGCACUAGACUGAUCGGCAGGUUUUAGACCUGCCAACCUGGUCAGUUUAACUUCGAAGCUCUAAAGAAUUAUUCCAAAUUCCAUAAAUUUAAUGCAAUUCGGACAAUGGAAGUUUAUACUAAGGAUCUAGUCAUCAGAAUAGGAAGGGUUAACCGUAAACAAAUGACUUCUGACCCCGACGCACGGUAAUGGCAGGCACCCCCCAGUGGGGGUCCAUCAGGCUGCAGGCCGACGCAUCGCUCGGGCCUUGGUGGGGACUUGAAAGGAGUGGGGCGGGAUUGGCGCAGGGCCCCAAAGGCGUCCGAGUUUCGUUCGGGUAUAGGAAUUUUCUGGUGGGGGCAAGCCCAGGAUAACCGUCACGCGCUAUCCCUACUCGAGAAUUCUUCAUCCCCUCCAGAGACUUGAGCAUUCCAUCGCUAGCCACGUUCGCCACGUUCACGAGAGGAGACAGAGAACGUUCAGCGCUCGAUUCGAAUCAGUCGAGCUCUGACGCGCCUUGUGAGAGGUCGAUGUGCUUCUUGAGCGUAGUCGAAUCGGAUUUGGUGAAUUAUCUCAGUUUUUUGGAUUUUCCUUGAACCUUUACAAGUGACUAAGUUUCGAUGAAAUAUCGAAUACUAGUUUUUAUUUCGGAGACACAGUGAUUUCUGGAAACAAGUGAAUUUUUAUUGGAUUACAUUUGUGCAGUGGAUUUUUCACCGACAGUGAAUUUUGUCGGUUUUUUUUAAAUUUUGUGAUUUUGAAAAUUCGGUCAAUAUGGUGACCGGAGUGGGUGCCAGUAUGCCUACCGGUGCUGUUACCGUUGGUGCCACACCAACGGCGCAACAUGUACCCCAGGAAGCAGGACAACCACCUGCACAAACCACCAACACCACCCCCACGACCACCCGGAGAUCUGGGGAGAAUCGACGGAGCAACAAACCAAUCAUGGAAAAGAGACGUCGAGCCCGCAUCAACAAUUGCCUGAACGACUUGAAAUCUCUCAUCCUGGAUGCAAUGAAGAAAGACCCAGCAAGACACUCGAAGCUGGAAAAAGCUGAUAUUUUGGAAAUGACGGUAAAGCACUUGGAGACCCUCCAGAGGCAACAGGUUGCCCUUGCCGCAGCGACGGAUCCCAAUGUUCUCAACAAAUUCCGAGCGGGAUUCACGGAGUGUGCUGGAGAAGUUGGUCGGUUUCCCGGACUUGAGGCUUCUGUCAAAAGACGUCUCAUGGCCCACUUGGCAUCUUGCCUAGGACCUGUCGACAACAACGGAUCGACUGCCCAAACCACAACAACCACGACGACGACAACCCAACAACCUGUCCAGCCUGCACCUCAAACGACGCAACUCCAAGUGCACAUUCUUCCCCAAGUCGACGCCUCAGCCAGGAUCCAGGUCCAACAGUCAAACGGCAUCUUCUUCACCAACGCGAACGGCGCUGGUCUUCAGUUGGUACCAACGAGGCUCCCCAAUGGAGACAUAGCCCUGGUCCUUCCCGCCGGAGCAAAAGCCACCCCAGUCACCUCACCUGCUGCCUCUCCAGCACCAAGUUCGCCCUUCGUACCAUCCCUCAUUCCAAUCCCAAUUCCCCAGAGGACAGCGAGUACCGCCUCCGCAUCUUCCUCGUCAUCGUCAACCAGUUCCACCUCGACGUCUGCCGGAAGUCCGGUAGCUUUCGAGGCACCGCCUCCAGCUUUCAGGGCCCGGUCCCCUGCUUACACGACCAGUCAUAGGGAUGUGGCCACCUCUCCAGCCAAUGGAUACACCAGUGAUCCAGAGUUCGACCCCAGGGUUUACAGUCCACCUCUUCAGAAACCUUUGGCUCUGGUCAUGAGGAAGAGCGUGAUGCCAGAAAUCGAAGAUAAGCCGUGGAGACCAUGGUAGAUUCUCCUCCUCGGUUGUGGAAGAUUUCAGUUGUUUGACAAUUUGGAAUGCAAGAAGGGUUACCAACUUUUGUGUUAGAAGAAAAGACUAUAAGCUUUUGUUAAGCGUUUAAAGGGGAUUCUUCCUCUGGCCAGUAGCGCCUUGGAAUCAGUGCCUUGUAUAUUUUUAUUGUAUUUAUAUUGAUAAAAGUUUCCAUUUUGAUGGUGAUAUUGUAUAUUUUGUCUCAGUGAUAUUUUGUCUACUUAAUUCUUAAGUCAGAUCUUCUCCGAUGUUAAAGGUUUGAUAAAUAUUCUCUCCAUUUUU